AUGAACGGCUCUUUCAGACACGUGAUUCUCCCGCAGGAAAGCUCUCAGAUCAACUCCACAGAAGCAGAAUCUGGCAAUGGAACUGCACCAUCUUGGCUUUCGAACAGCAGUACAGCUCCUCCGCCAGCGGGGGCGCUGUGCCAGCAGGUUCAAAUCCAGGCGGAGGUUUUCCUCACCCUGGGCAUCGUCAGCCUGCUGGAGAACAUCCUGGUGAUUUCAGCGGUGGCAAAGAACAAGAACCUCCAUUCACCCAUGUACUUUUUCCUCUGUAGCUUAGCGGCCGCGGACAUGCUAGUUAGCGUCUCUAAUUCCCUAGAGACGAUCGUGAUCGCGGUCUUGAGGAGCAACCUCCUGGAACUGAGCGAUUAUUUCGUGAGGUUGAUGGACAACAUCUUCGACUCCAUGAUCUGCAUCUCGCUGGUGGCGUCUAUCUGCAACCUCCUGGCCAUUGCCGUUGACCGCUAUGUUACCAUCUUUUACGCUUUGCGCUACCACAGCAUUGUGACUGUACGGAGAGCUUUGAAUGCCAUCGCUGCAAUCUGGCUGGUGUGCAUCAUUUGUGGAAUCGUCUUUAUCGUUUACUCAGAGAGCAAAACUGUCAUUAUUUGUCUGAUCACCAUGUUCUUUGCCAUGCUAGCCUUGAUGGCCACUCUCUACGUGCACAUGUUCCUCUUGGCCAGGCUCCACGUUCAGCGUAUUGCUGCUCUGCCCCCAGCAGCUGUCGCUGGUGGCAACCCAGCACCGCGGCAACACACCUGCAUGAAGGGCGCAGUGACCAUCACCAUCCUGCUGGGCGUAUUCGUGUGCUGCUGGGCGCCGUUCUUCUUGCACCUCAUCCUGCUUGUGGCCUGCCCCCAGCACCCGCUCUGCCUGUGUUACAUGUCCCACUUCACCACCUACCUGGUGCUCAUCAUGUGCAACUCUGUCAUCGAUCCAAUCAUCUAUGCUUUCCGCAGCCUUGAGAUGAGGAAAACCUUCAAGGAGAUCCUCUGCUGCUUUGGCACAGGCUGCCAAGCACCACUCUGCGAGAGUGAGCGAGAGACGGAGACGGAAAGACAGAGAGAGAGGCAGCGGGAGAGGGAGAAGGACAGUGAGACCGAGUGA